AUGGUCAGCCUCGACAUCGUACGUAAAGCCAACAGUGGCCUGCGCUCCAGACUACCCAAGCCUGUGGCCCUCUUCGUAGGAGGAACAAGUGGCACUGGCCGAAGCACGCUACGCCAACUCGCAUUCAACACUAAGGCUCCAACGGCCUAUAUUGUCGGACGCAAUGAGAACAACGCCAAACCGCUGCUGAAAGAGCUGCGUCAGCUCAACCCUCUCGGCUCUUACAACUUCAUCGAAGCCGAUAUCUCACUCAUCAGCAACGUUGACAAAGCUUGUGAACGCAUCAAGCAACAUGAGAAUGCGUUGGACCUGCUUUUCAUGACUCCAGGUGGUAUCUCGCUGGUCGGACGUCGCGAAACAAGCGAGGGCAUCGACAAACUAUUCGCGCUGCGCUAUUACGCUCGCAUGCGCUUUGCUCAAAAUCUGCUUCCACUGCUGGAGGCUGCGGAGCCUCGACCAGGACGUGUCGUCAGUGUUCUGGGAGGUGGCUUCGAAGGCAACAUCAACGCCAACGACCUUGACCUAAAGCACAACUACAACAUUGUGAGCUGCGCUAUGCAUUCUGUCACCAUGACUUCGUUGGCGAUGGAACAUCUGGCCGCUUCGCACCGCGCCUCCUUUAUUCAUGUUUUUCCUGGCAUAGUCGGGACGAACAUCUACACCAAUAGCUUUCCUCGACCCUUGGCUGCCCUGUACAACUAUGGCAUGUGGCCUUUGAUGUACCCUUUCUCGGUCAAUCUUGAGGAAAGCGGCGAGCGUCAUCUCUUCCAUGCUACGUCCGAACGCUAUCCUGCCAGGAGUUCUGAGAAGUCUGGUGCUGUUGCUUCUAAUGAGGGAGAUCGAGCAGCUAUGGGCUCCAACGAAGUGCUCGGUAGCGGCGCAUACUUGACGAAUUGGAAGGGUGAGACGUCCGCAGCGGGCAAGAAGAUGCAGAGAUUGAGGGCGCAAGGUAUGACUGGAAGGGUAUGGGAGCAUACCACCAAUCUGCUCAGUCGCACUGUGCGAUAG